AUCUGCACCACAACAAGAUCGACUUAGGGGAUGAAGCUGUGCCAAAGCCGAUGCACAUGUACAUGUCCGCAUCAUCUUCUUUAACUGUACUGUAGUUGGCAAUUUUUUCAGUGCUGCUACCACGACCACUCUGCCAACAAGUAUAAAGUGCAUAAGUUUAAUACAACUCCCAAACCAGAGAGGCAACAAACCACAAUAAUCAGUUGUAGGUUUCUCCAUCAAGUACAAACUUGGUCACUACCAAGCACUAACUAUACGUACAUAUAGAUAUUUAUUGAACCACCAACAACCUCAAUUAAACACAUUUUUUUGGUUUACUAUAGAGUUAGUGCUAUGUAUAUUCCGACUGUAGUACCAAAAGUUAAGUAGCUCUACUAUUAGCUCUGCAGCUGCAACGCAAGGAUAUUUGGUAUGCGUUCUUGAUACCAGUUAAUUAUAUCAAUCUCCACCACGCUAAAUACCAACUCAAAUGUGAUCUCGUCAUCAAAAUUGUCCAAAAUUUGCGUUUGGGUUGGUUGUAAGAGGCAGAUAUUUCAUCAAAGCUUAGCUCCUGAGAGUUAAUAAAUAAUGUGACUAUAGAGCAUCGAUUGCGAAGACAGUUUACAGUCCGCGAGUACAAGAACAAAUUAUCAAUCAGUUGUUGGCUGGAGGAACCGGAAGUGUUCAGAGUGCAUUCUUAUCCUGCGUCUCCUCCGUGUUCUUGGAGCAGAACAGUUCAAGUUGGACAACUGGGACAAGAUAUUUUGGCUGCGACUGCGUUGUGAGAGUUGCAAAAUGUGCAGCUCGAAAAGCUUCCUCGUUCUUCUGAUCUCAAUGUUCCAGUGGGUGGGAGGAGUGCAGUAUGGACCCUCUUUGGAUUUUCUUAUCCCCCCGGGGAAUGAGCGUGGUCGUCCAUCGAAGCAGAUUCAUCUGGACGGUUUUCAUCCCACGUAUUCCGUCACGCUGCCCCUCGCCAACAAUUCCGCCAUGGCCCUCGUUUCCAGGGUUCAUCCACAGGGAGACUUCUCAGUCCUCGCCCCCACGGGAUGGGGUAUCAUGGCAGUCGUACAAACGCUCCGACUUCGAACCGGGGUCGUCUAUUCCUCUUCCGAGGACACGUUUCUCAAAUGCAGAGACUUUCUCAGAUUCACAGCCGGCAACCAAACUGCUCAGGUUUGUGGUGAUGUAAUGAAAUACUCAAAGGAAGGUAGUCCCCAAGGGCUACUGGGUCCGCGAACCUUCAUUACUACCGAGUCGCAGCUUACUCUCGCUCUCCACGUAGACAGAGGUCAUGGCGUUCACGACUAUUCAUGGCAUGAACAGAUCGCCCUGGAACUCGUCCUCACCGCAUUCAAAGAAUGUCCGCGGAAUGGUCUCCUGGCCCAGUGGAAAAAGUGGACCGGGUCGAAUCCUCUGCGAUCCUGUUCCCCUGCAGAGGACACCUUUUGCAUACACUCGGCCACCUUCUGUGAUGGCGUGGGCAACUGUGCUGUACGAGGUCCACUAGGUCACGUGGGGUAUGACGAGGAAGGUUGCAGCUAUACCCCUGCAUUUGGACCAACCAUGGGUCCACCCCCUCCGACUCCUCCGCCACCCACCUCCACCAGAACGCCUUACAUCGGGGUUAACAAGCCCUACACGCCGCCCACAUCGGGAAAAGUGAUUUCGCCCAUACAUCUCAUCUUUAUAUUCAGCGUCGUCGUACUCGUCAUCUUUGCCGGCUGCACGUGGCUGGCUAAGGCCAACGAGAAAAAGUUUCAGCAUACCAUGUACAGAUUCUCUACCAUGCGGAGGCAGCGAAGAUCUCAGCAAACCAAUCCCAGCAGUAGAGGUACCAGGGGGACAGAACCUCCAACCUCUCCACCUGACGAUGCGACUGCGACAAUCAACAGGCGACCCAGCGCACCUCCAGAUUCUGCAGUAAACACGCUUCGAGUGGAUGUUGAAAUUCCUGGAGAAGAACCACCACCAUACGACCAUUUAUUCCCAUCGGCCCCACCAAACUCAACGCUCCACUCGUAGAAAAUUCCCACUCAAAACCAAGCUAUGCAUAAGAUAAAAAUGGACGGCUCAAUUAUAUGGUUUCAGUCAGCUGCAUAAUUACCGGUUUCUUUUGAUCCACCCACUCAAGCUCUCGAAUCCUUCACGUAUGCUCACUCACUUACUCAAGUAAUGCGAUAUGUCUCUCACGCUUCCAUAAUAGCGCACAACACAUUUAACAGCAGAUUUAAUAAUAAUAGUUUUCUAAGUGGCGGCGAUUGCCAAAUAUUUAUUAGUUUCUUUAUACGCAAGUUAUUAUUAUGCGUGCGUACGUAUCCAGAAAUACGUAUGAAGUUCGCCUCAUCAGCAAAGAUAAGCAAUAACAUAGGAUUUGGUACUGUGAGAUAGUCGUCCUAGUCAUAAUCAUCACAGAUUUUUGUUGUCGUUGCAAUUAGAAGUAAUCAGGCUACGUGUACAAUCUCUCUGUUCAUUAGGACAGCUUUAUAUAUAUCUAUGUACAUUUAAAUAUUCAACCUGGAAGAUGAAUAGUUCGUAUGCUUUGGUGUUUUGACGCUGUGGGCUAUUUAAUAAGCAGAUGAAGCAGCAAGCGUCUAGAAUAAAGACAGGCUGUCAGUCACUUAAUUAAUUAUAAUUAAUUAGAUGGUAAAUGUAGUGACCUUGAAGUAAAAAUGGAUUUUUUGUAGUGAAAAUGGUUUUAUAUUUGUGAUGAUGAUGAUAUACCCUACAUAUUUGUUAACCGAGUUAUGAAAUUAAAAAACGUGUCGGUUAUUAACUAAUAUUAUGCAAAUUAGAUAAUUUUUAAGGUCAACCUGUACAUAGUUGAAGUCAAAUCAAAUGAAACCCGUCAACGCCAGCUCUAGUUCGUGUAAUAAUUGUAGUGCAAGGGCGGUGCUGCACCAAGCGUCAGAUAGCUCGCUGGUUAUAAAGUUUAUGUGAUUUUAAAGAAAACAAACACGACGAGGGGAUGAUGACUGCAGGCCCAAGAAAAGAAUUAACACAUUGCCUUUGCUUCACAUUUAGAAUAAUUCAUCCAUUCCUGCAUCACAAUAUUGUUAUUUACCAUUAAAUAUUAUUGGUCUGGCUAAAAAUUAAGACAGAUUUCAAACUCGCAUCAUAAAUGCUUCCAAUAAUCCAUGCACUGGUCAUUUGACGUUCUAAACCUCCAUACUUCCACAGUAUUCGUCUGUGCGGGCACUGUGCCAUAUUAUCUUUUUCGAUAUGCCUCGUCCUCUGGCUGCAGAGAGUUGAUGGAUUGACGCAUGUGAUGAAUUAGGAAAUGCAGUCACUAAAGUACGCCAAUAAAUAGAAUUACAUAAUUUUAUUAUAAAAUACAAGCGUAAUUGCGUGGGAAUAUUGACAUGGUCCUUGUAACGAAGCUCAUAACAUUUUUAACCCGGCAAGUCAUGCCAUUAGGUAAUUCUUUAUUCAUGUUCAACAAUUAUCCUCACUUGAUGCAAAUUUGUUUUCAAAAUUCACCAAUUAAGGCGGCAACCUGAGAUGAUCUGCAGGGAAGGCCAACCAAAGUCAAUGUCAUUAUUAGUGCCUGAAUUUACGAUCCAGAUUCAUGCAAAUAAACAUGGGAUUGUAAAAAUGUUGGAAAUGUUGUAGUGCAUGGGGCAACGUGUCCUUUUUCUUAACCUGCAUCACCAUAAUCCUCCUCUGUCGGUGUUUGUUUUCUUAAAAAAGUUCAUAAAAUUCAACAUUCGAGACGUCGGGCGAACUGAUGAUGACGAUCUACCGUCACAUCCUUCUUCUUGUGUAAAUGUUUCCCUUCCAUCUGCACAAAAUUAAACAACUUGUGUGUCUACAUGUUGGCUGAUUAGAAUUAGCAUAUCGACUUUUCCCGUUGUGUAUAACUGAACAGAAGCAGCAGCACCUCGACAUUCGCGUGCCAUUGUCACUGUUUGCUGCUAGUUCCUCUGCGUAUGCUGGUGGGUGGAGGAGGAAUUUAAUGUGUAAAUAUAUUUCUUCGAGAUUAAGUCAGGCCUCGCUGACAAAGAGCGCAUUGAUUCGCGUCCAUCUCACUCAACAAAAUCGUCUCGGUUUAAUUGGCGUCUUCAACAAGGUCAUUAAAUUAAGUAACUUGAAACAACUUUUGUUUCACUGAGCGAUUCAUCCGAGCGAGCAUGAGAAUAAGCUCAUUCAUUCAUUCAUUCUUCAAAACACCGAAACCCCGGACAGUUCUCACUCACUCGAAGGCAGUAGGUUUGCCAAGCACUGUUGCGACUUUGAUAUACGUACACUUUCGGAAAGUAAAAUAAUAAUUGGGAUGACGAGAGAGGUUCAAAGUGGUGCUGGGUGUCUGGUUAUGCUAUUGUUUGUGUCUUCCUUCUUGGCCAGGUCGCUGGUUGACUCCACAACUGGAAGUAGGAGGAUGAGUCUAAACGUUGGGAGUCAGCCCACCAACACCACCCUGGAACUGGGGGGUUUAAGUCCGGUGGACUCCCACUCUGUCCUCUUUCUCAUCUACGCAGACAUCCCUGGCCCCACAGAUGCUACGGACCAUUUUGUCACCAUUCUAGCUCCCUUGAACCAUCGUCUCCUGGGUUUUGUGAGCAUGGCGCACUUGAGAUUUGUCUGGACCAACGUCACUUCCGAGGAGGAGGACGGACAACUGGACUUCAUUGCAGAGUGCGUCGACUACGUUAAAGUGGAUGGGGCAGGGCCCGAAAUAGACACAAUAUGUCACGACGUGCGAAAGGAAGACACUCGCCUUCACCCACCAAGACUGAUCGGACCCCGUACUUUCAGGGGAAUUGGGGGACGGCUAGAGAUUCACAUCCACACGGAACCCUUUCCUGCAGGGGGAGGGGGAACCAGUCAAGGUCAAAAUGGCAGCAGUAUCAAUAGUACUACGCGACACUUGGCAGAGCUUUCCUUCACAGCUCACUCGGAAUGUCCAGUAGACGAUGAUGAGAUUGUGGAGACGGACGAUGAGACUGUUCUCAACUGGAGUCGCUGUUCCCUGGAAGAUGAUUUCUCCUGUAUCCCAUCCAACUUAUUUUGCGAUGGGGAGGUGAAUUGCCUAUUUCCUGACUCACUGGGUGAGGAUGAGAAGAAUUGCGAGGAUGAGUCAUCUGGCACGCAGAGUCUUGAGAAGUCGUCGUCGGGAGGGGGUCGAAGUAGCAAUAACUCUUCAUCCUCCGUCGAAAAUCGAGGGUCGAGUCGACGCCGCCAAAGAAAUAACAGCCAUCGGAACCAGAAGGACGACGUCGUUGUGGUCAUCGAGGAGGACGAAGGGCAUCAAAUUCGCCAAUACUUUCUCCCCACGGCAUCCUUCUUCUUCUUGAUUUGGGGUGUGGUCACCUUGCUGAGAAAGUGCUACAAGUGCUAUCGGAGUGAAUAUGGGAAGGAUGACUUCUACUAAAUAAUUAUCCACGCAACUGGUCUAAUACAUUGAUUAUUGAAAUAAACCACGUAUCUCAAACCUCAUGCAAGGAAUCGAGGCACGAAUCAUGUAAAAAUC